UGGAACUGAGCGGAGCCUCGGGCCCGGCGGGCGCUGGGGAUGAGAGAGCGGCCUCCGCGCCCUUGGAGCCUCGCCACAGGCCCCGCGCGCGCGCACUGCCACUGACCGACCGACCCACCGACCGCGAGUGAGGGAGGGAGGGAGGGAGGGAGUGAGUGAGGCGAAGCCGCCAUCAUGUCGGGAGGAGGUGCCGGUGCCGCCGCCGGAUACAACGGCCAGAGCGGCGGAGACGCCCUGAGGCCCUGCAUGAACGGCCCUGUGCAGAACCAGUUGAUUCAGCAUCCUCCAUUCUCCAAUGAACAGGGGUAUAACUUAGUUCCUCCAGCACCAUAUUCACAGCAAAUCCCUUCGAAGGACUUUUCGCAGCCGAUGGUUGGACAGGCCAACUACGGAUAUAGUCAAUACGCUCAGCCUGCCGGAGGUUUUUCGAGCCCUGGAGAGAAUGCCACAAGACCCCCCAUGGGUCCUGCACUAAAUGCUGCCCCACAACAGAAGGCAAUGCCAGCUGAUGGACUGAGCACGUCUGUGGCUACAAAUCCAGGAUCUUACUCGAGAAUGCCUCCGCCUCCUCACGGCUCUUUCCCGCACGUAGCGUCUAACAGUGUUUACUCGCCAGCCGCAGUCCCAUCACAGUCAAGUUGGCAGUACAGUGCCCCACAACAGUCCCGUCCUAUCAGUCAGCCACCACUGGCUACCCCUUACCAAGCAAAUCAUGUCCCAGGAACCAGGCCGAGCCAAAUACCUACAGAGCCCUCGUCUGUGCUUUACGGCAGUGGAGGUUCAAAAGCACCUGCAGGCACUCUGUAUGCAAAUCCAACUGGAGGACCUAUUCCGCAGAACUAUGUGAACCCAGGAUUAGGUCAUGCACCAGUCAGCCAGCCAAUACCUCGGAUGUAUCAGCCCGGCAGACCACCCCUGGGGGCCCCUCCACCAAGUGGAGGUGCUUCUAUGAUUAGACCAACUUGUCCUCCGGCAACAAAUAGUCAUGAUAGACCAUUGCCGCAAAACCUAAACUUCUCAGGAGGACUAGAAGGAGACAACUCCAGAACCGGUAGUGAUCAACCUAUAGUUUCAAACAAUUAUGAUGUUUUGGAAGGCGGAGGCUGCAUGGUGCAACCUCAUCAACCAGCUGUAAAGCAUGGCAAGACACUCGGCCAUUCGUAUCCCUCCUUGCCCCCCGGCUACCAAAACCUACCUGGCCCUGGAAUCGCAGGUGGUCAACCUCCUACUCAGGUCAACAGUGCAAGACCACAGCAGUUUCCUCAGGCUCCUCUUGGGAUGAAUACACUGACAACCUCCAUGGGUGGCCUUGGUCUACAACAGAACCAGCAGCCAGAAGGGCUGAGACCUGUGAACCUUCUGCAGGAGAGAAACAUUCUGCCUUCAACUCCCGUCAAAGCCCCAAUUCCAAACCUGCACAAAGAUCUACAGAGAUUGAAUUCCAAAUCAGACGUGUUCAGAUGUACGCUGACCAACAUCCCUCAGACUCAGUCUUUAUUGAACAAAGCUAAGCUUCCAUUAGGACUGCAUCUGCAUCCCUUCAGAGAUUUAUCGCAAUUACCUGUUGUCACAUCCAGUACCAUUGUUAGGUGUCGUUCCUGCCGGACGUACAUUAACCCCUUUGUUAACUUUCUGGACCAAAGAAGAUGGAAAUGUAACUUGUGCUAUCGAGUUAAUGAUGUCCCAGAAGAAUUCAUGUAUAAUCCAGUGACCCGAUCAUACGGAGAACCCCACAAGCGGCCAGAAGUUCAGAGUGCAACGAUAGAAUUUAUUGCUCCUUCAGAAUACAUGUUGCGUCCACCACAACCUGCAGUGUAUCUGUAUGUCUUGGAUGUUUCUCAUAAUGCAGUAGAAUCCGGAUACUUAAAUACCGUCUGCCAAUCCUUGUUGGAAAAUCUGAACGUGUUGCCUGGUGAUUCCCGCAUGAGGAUAGGAUUCAUUACAUUUGACAGCACUGUCCAUUUCUACAAUCUUCAGGAGGGUCUGUCUCAGCCUCAGAUGAUGGUGGUUUCAGAUAUAGAAGAUAUCUUUAUUCCAACUCCAGAUAACUUGUUGGUGAACUUGAAUGAAAGCAAAGAGUUGAUCGAGGACUUGCUGAGAGCUUUGCCGCAGAUGUUUAGCAACACUUCAGAGACCCAAAGUGCCCUGGGGCCUGCACUGCAGGCGGCGUUCAAACUGCUGUCACCCACUGGAGGUCGAGCCUCUGUCUUCCAAACACAGCUGCCUUCAAUAGGUGUGGGGGCUCUAAAACCCAGAGAGGAUCCCAGCCAGAGGUCCAGUGUAAAGGAUGUGCAGCACCUCUCUCCUGCCAUUGACUUCUAUAAGAAGUUGGCCCUGGACUGUUCGGGACAGCAGAUAGCAGUCGACCUCUUUCUGUUAAAUGGCCAAUAUUCUGAUUUGGCAUCUCUGACUUGUAUUUCAAAAUACUCUGCGGGCUGCAUCUACUAUUACCCUUCAUACCAUCACAAACACAACCCCGCCCUGAUGGAGAAGUUUGAAAAGGAGAUUAAACGCUAUUUGACCAGAAAGGUUGGCUUUGAAGCAGUCAUGAGGAUAAGAUGUACAAAAGGUCUUGCAAUCCAUACUUUCCAUGGAAACUUCUUUGUACGUUCCACGGACUUGCUGUCGCUGCCCAAUAUAAACCCUGACGCGGGUUUUGCAGUGCAGAUGUCCAUCGAAGAGAAUCUGACAGAUGUGCAGCUUGUCUCGUUCCAAGCCGCCCUAUUGUACACUUCGAGUAAAGGUGAGCGACGCAUUCGAGUUCACACCAUGUGUUUACCAGUGGUGAACUCGCUGGCAGAUAUUUACGCAGGAGCUGAUGUUCAGGCCAUCACCUGCCUGCUGGCCAGCAUGGCGGUUGACCGAUCCAUUUUGUCGAGUCUGAGUGAUGCCCGAGACGCCUUGGUUAAUGCUGUGAUAGACUCGCUCUCCACUUAUCGUUCAGCAGUUUUGAGCCAACAGCAGCAACAACAGCCGGGUGUAAUGUGCCCUGCGUCACUGCAGCUGUUUCCGCUCUACGUCCUAUCACUAUUGAAACAGAAAGCUUUCCGAACUGGGACCAACACGAGGUUGGAUGACCGUUUGUUCUGCAUGUGCGAAGUGAAAUACCAACCCGUGGCUUACCUCAUGCUUAUGGUUCAUCCGAGCCUGUAUAAGGUUGACAAUCUGUCUGAUGAGGGGUGCAUGCACAUUAAUGAGAAAACUGUACCUCAACCACCAAUUCUUCAGCUUUCUGUAGAGAAACUAAGUAGAGACGGAGCCUUUCUUAUGGAUGCUGGCUGUGUUCUCUUUCUCUGGGUUGGAAAAAAUUGUGGCUCACACUUUGUGAACCAGGUGCUCGGCGUUUCUAACUAUUCUUCCAUACCCCAAAACAUGAUGCAACUUCCAGAACUGGACACUGCUGAGUCUCAGAGAACCAGAGCUUUCAUCUCCUGGUUGCGAGAUCAAAGACCGUUCUUUCCUGUGCUCCACGUCAUCAAGGAUGAGAGCCCUCUUAAAGCCAACUUCCUGCAGAACAUGGUUGAAGACAGGACAGAGUCAGCAUUGUCUUAUUACGAGUUCCUGCUUCACAUACAGCAACAAGUGAACAAGUGACCCUUACAAGAGGGUGCUGCUUAGAGAUGGCUCACGUCGGUACAAGGAGCCAGUAUUUACAUGCUUAAUAAAAACUAAAUAUUGGUCUCCUUUCCAUUUUGACUUCAACCUACAUUUUCUAAACCUAUUGGAAAUGUGUGAUAGGUUGGACGACAAAGAUUAGAAAUAGUACUAAGCCAUUCUUUUGAUUUAUGUUGAUAGCAUUUUGAAGAUUUACUUAGUUAAACCCGAAUAGAUUGAAAUGUUGCAGCGUACAAGUUGUGAGAAGCUAAAUGUAUCUAUUCUGUUCAAACUUUGGAUUUCUAAUGUUGGGAUGUGGUACUCUCUUUUUUUUAAAAAAAAAGCCACAUAACUGGGAUGUAAUAGCAUGAUUUAAUAUCCUGUAGUAAAAGCUGUGGAAACUAGAGGAAAUCAUCGCACUGUAGUGUUCUAUGUAAACUUAUUUCAAAUCAUGGUUCUUUUUCUUCCUCCUCCAUAAGGCGAGAUGAUGUUUCUAGGAGAUGCUUGUAAAAAAAAUGGAGGAACGUGAGAAAUUUGAUCACAAUUGUCUGAGCUCUUCACAACCGGUGAUUUUAAGCAGACUGUAGAUUGUACAUACUUGAAAUCUUCAUUUAUGACAGUGUGUAUGCCGAUAGAGAUCAACUUUAGCAUCCAAUCUCGUCACCAAUAGCACGUUUCUCCUUGUGACACAUCUGGCCUUUAGACAACCAUAUUCAGUGUAACAUUAUUAAAUUUGCUAUAUUUUUCUAGUUUCUCCCGCUUUUUUAACUAGGAAGAUGACAGAUUUAUGCAGAGGCAACUUAUUUAUGUAAGAAUUCACUAUAUGGUAAAAGUGCGAUUUAUAUCAAUGUUGCUGGUAUUGCUGAUAAUCCACAUCUUUGUGCUCGGAGUAUCAUGUGCAUCGACUUUUUAAAUUUAUAAGUGAUAUUUAAGUUUGAAUGUGUUCUAAUGAUUCUAAUGUUCUAUUGAGCAGAGUGUAACAGGUCUGUCAUGUCUAACAUUUCUACUUGGAGUGAACAAACCUUUUCUGAUCAGGACAGGUAGAUCUAUUUUACAGAUGGGCUUUUUUUUAUUAGAUUUCUUUAAAAUCACUGAACAAAGUUGACUCUGCAGAACCUGCUAAAAACAGUAUCCGGGACCACAAAUAUCCAUUUGAAAGUCCAUACACUAUGAAAAUGUAAUCUGUAUAUAGUAAAUUGCAUUUUGUAAAGUAGUGUAUAAAAUUGUAACAAAUUAAAUCCUAAUUCUCUUAAAAGCGUUCAAUUCUGAGGUCUUGGAUAUUAAUGCAUUCACUGAUUUUUGUAGAAUCUUUCCAUGGGGAUUUUUUUAGAUGCACAUUAGUCUUUUGCUCUCUGGACAGUUUGAACUUGCUGUGUUGGUAUUGUUUUAAGAAAUGGUUACAGGAAUACUCGACCUGCUUUACUGAUUUGGUUUUGUUUCAGUUUUAUAAAACUGCAAACCUUCCGGUCUGAGAUGCUGAGGUGCAACUGUGAAACUGAUUCCGAGGUGAAUAGUAUUACAGGGGGUGGUUGUAUAUUCUACACUGCCCUGUCUCCAAGAUUUUUUUUUACCAAAUUGAGAUGCUAUUUGUGUUUAUUGCCCUUUGUAAUGCUGCUGGGACCUGAAUGUAACCAUCUUCUAUCCCUGAUUUUCCCACUCAAAGAAUAAACUGAAAUGCUCUAAA